GCAUAGUGGCAAGAGCUGAUGCAGACAAACAGAAAAAAUUCAAAGAUGAAGACCUUGAUGAUUGUGUUGGGUUUAUCGCUCUUCACCUUGUGUGUGGCUGAGGUCCUGCAUCUGGAUCAACAGGCAGAAGACACCAACAGCAUCCAGAGUCCAGGCAUCAAAUCUGCUUGUAACUGCGGGGGCAAGAGUUUGGAUAACUAUCUUCUUAAUGCCGUGAGAGAAGUGGAGGCCAAGCAGAGAAACACUGAGAAAAAGUUAGAGGAUCUGAAGAUGGAGCUCCAAGGUAACCGGGUGGCAUUCGGAGCAGCCUUGGGCAAUGUUGGAAAUAUUGGACCUUACAACACUGAGAUCACACUGACCUACAAGAACGUCCACUCAAACACAGGCUCAUACAACCCUUCUACAGGUAUUUUCAUUGCUCCAGUCCGAGGAAUUUAUUACUUCAGCUUCUCUGGUCAUAAUAGAUCAAUUAAGCCAAUGGGGCUGCGACUCAUGAAGAAUGGAGUGCAGAUCGUUACCGUGUUCAAUCAUCCAUUUGGAAAUCGCUGGGAGACGGCAGCUAACGGCAUGACUAUACAUCUUAAUGUGGGAGACCAGGUGUACAUGAGGCUCCGGGAGAAUACGUGGAUUUUUGAUAAUAUUAAUAACCACAGCACCUUCAUUGGACAUCUGUUAUUCGCUUUGUGAGAAAAAUAAACUUCAGAGAGAGAACAGAGAGUCAGUGAGGUCAGCAAUCUUCAGCUGCCGGACGGCAGUACAUUAUUACUUAAAUUGGGGUAAUGUUUAAUGAAUUAAGGUGUUUAGAGCUGACCUGAAACUUGAAUUAAUGAAAAUACUGUAUAAUAAUAAAUCAAGUUAAAUGGGAUCCUGAUCAAAAUUUGGUAAAUUGAAAGUUCUAUAUUAAUUGAUUAUGUUUGUCUUUGUAUUGUGUUUCUUUUUAAUCAAUAAACACACUAUGACUCCAGCUCAAAAA